UGGUGGCUCUGAUGCAUGACGUGAGAGCAUGGAAGAAGAAGGGCUACACUUUUAGGGAGGCUUCAUUGCAGCAUUACAUAUCAAAACGGUGUUGUUAUGUAGCCCGUGGCUGUGAGCAGCACACAAACGCACAGUGUGCGCAUAUUAAAGAAGCUUCUGAGGCGUUACCAACAGGCUAGCCCCGAGGUCAGUGAACUACACGGAGAAAUAGCACAACAUUAGACAUCACUGUGCACAAAUGGAAGUGUAACCUGGGUGAUUUAAAAUACAAAUGGAGGCCACAUGCAAGUGUUUAAAUGGCCAAGACUGGCAUUCCUGUUCAAGCAACUGAAUCGUCGAGGAGAGAGCGCGCGCGCGCGCGUGUCCGGAUUCAACAGCUGCACAGCGAGGGCUCGCCAAAUACAACAAAUAUGAUUCGCAUUCAAACAAUUGAAUAGGUUCCCAAUAGUCUGAACAGGGUACACAGCAUUGUUGCUCCACCUUCAGAGGACAAUGCCGACUCACUCCUUGCUGCUGUUUAUGGAGAGCCCAGAUGGACUUGCCCAAGACAUUCUGAUUAGUAACAAUGCAAACAUCCCAGGGCCUUGCUCUAGCAUGACACCACACACCACCUACUCAGAAAAGGCUGUGUUGCAAUCUGGGGAAAGCGUAACGCUGUCUUGUAUGUUCUGUGAUCAGACUUUUACUCAACAAGAUGAGCUAGGACCCCACGUAUUAACACAACACCCCACAACUUUCUUUGAACCCACUGUGCUUCGAGUUGAAGCAGAAUUCAGGAUCCCCGGAGAUAGACCCCGACCCAAACCAAGCGGCCUCCUUGAAAAAGAGGAGGUUCACAGCUGUAUUGUGUGUGGCCAGGUAUCACAAGAUGCCAGUGAGCUGGAGACCCAUAUGAGGAAGCACAAGGACUACUUUACUUACUGCUGUAAUGUCUGUGGACGGCGGUUUAGAGAGCCGUGGUUCCUUAAGAACCACAUGAAGAUGCAUGUAAAACCAGGAGCUAAGAGCAAGGCCCAGCAAGACUUGGAGACCCCGGUCACAGUCAAUGGCGUCGUCCAAGACCCCGCUUCAGAGCCUGUAGUCACUGUUUACAAAAUGUGCAUGGUUUGUGGGUUUUUCUUCCCUGACCAUGACAGUUUGGUUGAACAUAGUAAAGUGCAUAAUAGAGAGGUGGAGCAUGGCAAAGAUAAAGACAAGGAGAACAUGGAUGCCACUACCGAUUCUCUUGCCAAACAGGAAACAUUUCUUCACAGUCUAAACCUUCUGCCUCGCUCUGCCGGAAAUCGUUUGCGACAUGAGAGGUCAUCAAAAUGGAUUCCCCAGUUAGAUCCCUUCAACACCUAUCAGGCCUGGCAACUUGCUACAAAAGGCAAGAUAGCAGUUGGUCCUAAUAAUACAAAAGAUAUAGGCCAGGAAGCCAGCACAGACAAUGACGAAUGCAACUCUGAUAAGGAGGAGUUGAGUAAUAUUUGGUCUGAGGGCCAAGGAGACAAGGCUGUGAAAGAGGUCCUUGGGAGAGAGCUCCGCUCUCAGCAGCAGACUGUAGUAGAAAACCCAGAGCCACAGCGGAGGUCUCUGAUGCAAAAGGAUAAGGACAAAGAAAGGCCAACCACCUGUGAAGAAUGUCAGAGGACCUUCAGGACAUACCACCAGUUAGUUCUUCACUCCAGGGUGCACAAGCGUGAGAGAGGUGGUGAGGAGAGCCCAACUUCUUCUGUUGAUGGGAAGUUGUCGAGAGUAGGCUCACUGGAGCAUGCAGAGGAAGGCUCUGAGGAGGGCUUUGAGGAAGCAGCAUUGACAGAAAAUCUUGGUUCAGGUGAAGAUGGUUUUGAUCGAUCAAAAGUCAGAUCAAAAGAAUGCAGUUACUGUGGCAAAUCAUUUCGAUCAAGCUAUUACCUCACAGUUCAUCUGAGGACUCACACAGGUGAAAAACCGUUCAAGUGUUCUCAUUGCGACUACGCUGCAGCCCAGAAGACUUCACUGAAAUAUCACCUGGAUCGUCAUCACAAGAACAAAACUUAUGUGGAUAUCCCCAGCAGACCUGUGCCCUCAGUGCCCUCUCCCAGUGAUGGAAAACAUGGAAAUGACAAUGAAAACCCUGCCCCAAAUCGAUCCAAACUCUGGGUUCCUGGAGCCAGAUCGUGCACCAGUGGAACACCAGAGGACAGAUUCGAUAGCGUAGACAGCAAGCUUGGCAAAUCUCUCAUUCAGAUGAAUGCUGAGUAUGAUGUGCUCAUAAAGUGCCCUGCACCUGUUAACCUGAAAAUAGAAAGGGAGGAGAUAAAAGAAGAAAACUCUGAGUCCCCAUUAAAUCUGUCCUUAAAAGUGUCUCUCUCCAUCCCUGCCAGUGCAGAAUCCAGAAAUGCAUUAAGUCCAAUUGCCUGUUCGUUUUGUCCAUAUAAAACCAUGUACCCAGAGGUUCUGAUAAUGCACAAAAAGCUGACCCAUAAAGACAAGCCAGACAGUACAAAAAAGAAUGGAUUUGGAGGCAGUUUGAAACAAAAACGUUAUACAGGCUGCCCCCCUGCGCUUGAUGGGAAAGACGUCAGCCCACUUCCCAUGAUUGACAGGCGCCACCCUCGUCGAACCAAAUCCCCACCCCCUCAACCUGCAAAGCCACAAGAGAAGACCCCUAGUAACCCACCUCAUGUUCCUAAGAGAUCUCCUAUCCGUGCGCCUGUACGUGGCGAUGUCCAGGAGACCCAGCGUUAUAGGCAGAACACUGAUUCACAUCCCGCUCAGGAAUCCUCUGGGUAUACAGAGCUCAUAAGGAAAUCCAGCACAGGCAGCAAGUAUGGAUUGGACCGACCAGGCCCCCCGGACAGAGUGGGAAUUGGUGAGAGGGGUUACCCAGCACGAAGUGGUGUCAUUUGGCACUCGGAAGCUGCCAGGUUGUGCCUGUCCAGCCGAUUUGGGAGCCUCCCCCAGAUGGAUUUUGGUGAACCUUCCAACAAGAGACUAAAGUACUCAAUACCUACAGGCAGGGAUCCCGACAUCGGUGAGAAGCCUGGCUUUAGAGGACCAGCAGGGGAUGGAUCCAGCAGGUUGAUUAUCUCAGGGAGAAGUUUGAAAACCACCUCACAAGGGUCGGGUCCCUCCACAGUUCCUGAGACAUUGGGUCCUGUAAAGAAUACAUCGACAGCUAUCGGAGGAGGUUUGGACACUGACUGGAGCAUGAUGAACCUUCUGCGCCCCUACACACCCAAUGACCUGGCAUCUCUCUAUCACAGCACACCAGCUAACCCCAGUCAUGGAGGACUGACCAACCCAAGAUCAGGGGGCAGAACUGUGCUGUACCAACACUUACCCACUCUGCCCAACCUGCAGAGGAGAGACCCCUCGGGCCCGUUCCCUAAUCAACGCUAUGGGGCCACUGACAAAAGUACCUAAAGCGGGCACCAAGGUAAAAAGGUUGAAAAAUACUUUGAAAUGCAUACAGUAGGGCUUCCCCUUUGGAUUAUCAGACUAACCAAAAUCUUUUGAAGUUUUACCUGGUACCUGACAUGACUGAAUCAAGUCAUAUUUGAAAAGCAUUUUUUCUCUCUCUCUAGAUUGAUCUGUGCUGCUACCUUAUUUUGGAGAAUUUAUGAAAAUUUGUUCAAUGUACAGAUUUAAGAAGAGGUACGGUUUGUGCCCAGAAAGUGUCUAGGCUCCCCUAAUUUAAUAUUUUUUCAGUAGAAACAAAUUUAUUUUGCAUAGACAUUUCAGGGCUCAGGCUUUCAGUGUACAUUUUUUCUUUUUUGAAUGAAAAAGUGCAGAAUAUCUGUCUUUGAAGAUAUUAUUCCACUGGUGUGCACUAAGAUAUUUUUUUUUUUUUUCACUCAAAACUGUUGUUUCAUCCAUCUCUGACCCACACUAAUGUUCAGAUACUACCUGUGUCUAUGACAUAACAGUAAAAUUUGUAUGUGGGAUAACAUAAAUAUAUCUGUAAGCUAUCAGUACAAAAAAAAUGUAUUUAGUAAAAACUUAAGAGGAAGAAUUUGUGUGAAAAAUUGCUGCUCUGCUCACUUACUGUUGAUGUCCAAGCAGUAAUUAAGCACUGUUCUGUUUUUGUUUUUUGUUCUGUUUUUUUUUUUGUUUUUUUUCCCCAAAGCACUGGAGGGUGGGGAUUUUCUGUCGCAUAAGUUGAUGGCUUCGGCCCAGUGGUUUACAAACAGGUCCUCGGUAACAAGUCCGUCUGUGUUCGUUGAAGUGGUUUUCCUCAUGUUAUGGUCUAGACACUGUUAUUCAUGUCAAGGUGCUGUAGCUACCAUAUCAGCUGAACCUCUAUGUCUAGUUGUCUAUUGACUAGAGACAUGUUUUGAAUAUGACUUGAUGGAUGUUUUUGUGGGGCAUUGCAGUAUUUUGUCAAACGCCCCAUAAAACACAAGCUCAUCUGGUGACAAAGAGUUGUUACUACUGAGGUCAUAUUGACCAAUGGCACACAGUUAACUGUAACACAAUUUGGGUUGUGGAAUUCUCUGAUAUACUUGGUAUUUACAAGCCCAGUUUUAUACACAGAAAAGGUUUUGUGGUUAUUGUUUAUCCUUUUGAAAUGGCAAAUGGCUAUCAUCUGCUUUAUUGGUGCCUCAAAUCCAUAAGCUGUAAAAAUGUACUAAAUUACAUGGAGUUCUGUAUGUGUGUUAAAUAGUCAUGCUGUAUUUUUUUUGGGGGGGGGGCUGCACAUUUAGUCACUAUUCAGGAGCUUGCUUUUACUAUGCAGAGUCUUGGAAGUGUUUUGUUUCAUGUGACAGCAGUCAGUCCUGGCUGAUCAUCAAGUAGCCUUUUAGAUGUCGUAUGACUGUGGUUUGGGAAAAAAAAAUACAAAAGCAGCUAUGUUGAUUAAAUGGCUCAAUAAAUUAUACACUGUGAACAAAAAAGUCUCAGGUUAACUCCUAUUUGCAAGCAGUUUAGUCUGUUGUGUAAUGUAGUAUUUUUGCCACUUUGAAAGGCUUUGGUUAAGUUAUUUGUUUUUCUUUGGUAUUCACAGUACUUGUGUACUUAUGUAAAAAUGAAAAUAUUGUUUGACAUUUGUAUGACACUUUUCAAUAAUAAAGUGAGACGCGAAGA